AUCUACUUCCGAGGCACGCGCUAAGAGCGGAAAUUGUUAAAUACCAGAGAGCGCUUUUCUUGAAAACAACACUGCAAGUGUCGGAGCAACGACUUUUGCCACGAUGCCUCUGUUAACCCAGUCGCAAGCUGAUGAUGAAGAAUAUGUUUUGGUAGCCAGUUUGGAUAAUGCUCGCAAUCUGUCCAACAUCCUGAAAGCAAUCACCUUCAAAGACCAUGCCAUCUUCAGCGCCACACCUAAUGGCUUGAAAGUCACUGUGGAAGACUCCAAAUGUCUGCAAGCCAAUGCCUUCAUCCAGGCUGAGAUCUUCCAAGAGUUUACCAUAAAGGAAGAUUUGGUGGGUUUUCAGGUCAAUCUCACAGUUCUUCUGGACUGCCUAAAUAUCUUUGGGGGAAGCACAGUGCCAGGCGUUUCAACAGCCUUACGUAUGUGCUACAAGGGAUAUGGUUACCCUCUGACCUUGUUCCUAGAGGAGGGUGGUGUAGUGACUGUAUGCAAGAUAAACACACAAGAACCAGAGGAGCCAAUAGACUUUGAGUUCUGCAGCAGCAACGUUACAAACAAGGUCAUCCUGCUGUCAGAGAGUUUGAAGGAGGCCUUCUCUGAGUUAGACAUGACCAGUGAGGUGCUGCAGAUUACCAUGUCACCCAGCCAACCAUACUUCAGGUUGUCUACAUUUGGGAAUUCUGGAAAUGCCCAUUAUGAUUAUCCUAAAGAUUCUGAGAUGAUGGAGCUGUUUAAAUGCACCACAACUCAAACCAACAGGUACAAGAUGUCCCUGCUGAAGCCGUCCACCAAAGCUCUGGCUCUGUCUUGCAAAGUGUCUGUGAGGACAGACAACAGAGGCUUCCUCUCUCUGCAGUACCUGGUCAGGAAUGACGAUGGACAGAUCUGUUUUGUGGAAUAUUAUUGCUGUCCUGACGAAGAAGUGGAGGAAGAGUGACUUUUGUCCACUGAGAUCCCUUUUUGCACAAGUAUCUAAACUCUCUUGGUACCCAGUUGCCUUAAAUGAGAAGGUUAAAGCCUGUGAGUGGUGGCAGCACCUCAAGUAAGGAGGAACUUAGAAAAGAAGUGCUGUGCUUAACAAGCAGAGUGGACAUGGCUGGAAAGCAUAUGGUAGCACCUACCCGAUCUUAAGCACCACAGACCUCUAUAAUACAAAGUUCAAAAUUUCAAACUGACAGGGAUUGAUUGAGGCGUUCCUGUGGUUAUAUUAGUCUGGGUUUUUUUUCCCCAGUCCGAUGAUCUUGCAAGCAUUACCCAUAACAUUAUGAGACUAAUAAUGUGAUGUUGUUUUUGAGCUCAUAUUUCAUAGACAUCCAAGAUCUAUUUUCUCAUGCAGGUAGCUGGAUGGCAGUCUAUGAACGGAACAUUUAGCAAGCUCCACAGGCUUUCUGUUCAUGUUAAUCCUGCACAUUUGUUGCCUUAAUAUGCUGAAAGCUUUGACAACAUUUUGGAGUUUGUUUUCAGUAAACAUGAGAUGAUACAGACUAUGUUUAAAUUGUUUUAUUUCCAUGUUAUAUAAAACUGUAGUUACUCAAAAGAAAUAAACAUGUUUUUUUACA